GAAAGCCUAUUUUCGAUGGGAUUCUCAGGGCAUAUAAUCGACUGUUCUCCCAAGAUAUAUCAAUCUCUUCAUCGCUGCUUAUCAUAAUUACAAGGUAAAGGCGAAGAGCACAAGGCAAAGCAGAAAUGGAGACUUUAAAGAUGCCAAGGCAGAUUGAUCCAACAGAUUUGGGCAUCCAUAUACUUGUUGAUUGCGAGAAGCCAGUCAUUGAUAUAGUGGCUGUUCAUGGACUUGGGGCUACACCAUCGACAACCUGGGCCAAGGCGCCGGCACUACAGGAAAAUCUCGAUCGUCAUACAGAACCAAGCACCACAGGCCCUCCUACUCGGGCGAAUAAGUUCGAGGACCGCAUCAAUUGGCUGAGCAAUCCAAAAAUGCUCCCAGCUGAUGUUACGAAUGCCCGAAUAAUGACAUUCAAUUAUGAUAGUAAUUGGUAUGGCGAUGAUGCUGUCAAAGUUCGUCUUGAUCAUGUUGCGGAUGAUUUGAGACGAAAGAUUUUGCGACAACGAAGAAAUUGCUCUUCACGGCCAUUAAUCUUUAUCGGGCAUUGUUUUGGCGGUCUUGUUAUUGAAAAGGCUUUGAUUCAACCUCAAAUGUCCAAAAUACUCGAUGAUACAACAGGAGUGGUAUUACUCGGGACACCGCAUAGAGGUACUGAUAACGUUACCUCGGGUGAACUAUUACAAAGAAUUCUCCGUGCGGGCGCUGCUGGGGAAGCAGCCUCAUUAACCGUGUUACGAACCGACAAUGAGAUGGCAUUAGAUACAGUGCACAGCUUUUCAACAAUAACUCGUGAAAAAUAUAUUCCGGUACAUUGUUUUUUUGAGCAAAAAAGCUCGAAAGUGUCAAAAAUGUUCGGAGAUGAUUAUAAGGAUUUUAUUGUCGAUGAGAAGUCGGCUAUCCUAGAUGGCUGUGAAAGUUAUGGCUUGCCGCUCGAUCACUACCAGCUUAACAAAUUUUCUGAUCCCGAGGAUGGAAAUUGGAAACAACUUUCUGGGGUCAUCACCGAUCUUUGCGAUAACACAGACCAAGUACUAGCUAAACGCAACAAUGAUCAACCUCCAACCCCGAAAGAAAAUGAGCUUAGAGGGGAAAGGAAAAGGAAGAGGAAAAGGGAAGAGGAGAACCAAAGAAACAACUUUUCAGGCCGUUUUUCUACCAAGGGCGGAAAGCAGUUUAUUGGUGGCAGUUUCAAUUCAGAGGGCGGAACAAUGAAUUUUUAGAGAGUGAUUAUGGAAUCAAUGAAACAGAAAGCAUUAUUUCUGGAGUCUUUGAUUUUGAUAUCUAGAUAUAUAGCUACAUCAUUGCUAGUUAUCAAAUCCUUAGGCCAAUAUGUAAUGUACCUGA